AUGCCCACUCGUUGCUGCAUCGUCCCCGUCGAGCCUGCCGAUGGCCGCGGCGAGGCGGUUGUUGUUGAGGUCCUGCACGAGGGCACCCAUCCGCUCGACGUUAGGCUGGUUGGCUGCGAGGGCGAAAGCCCAUAUGUUGCUUCCAUUCGGCACCGCAAUCUUGCAGAAUUGCAGCACAAGUUCAAAGGGACCGAUGACGAGUGGGCGACAAUUUUGUCUCAUUUCCUCUUGAUGAAACAGCCUGCAAGCCAACAUGCCCAUCUCUUGCACGGCGUCCGCAUGGUGUAUACUUUGAAGAGUGGAACACUAGUCAUCUCCUUCCGCCAGGACGUUCAAACCAUAAAGGUCACCUUGGGCGAGAUCGUCUUACCCCAGGACGAUGAGUUUGAGUUUAAUCCGUUCGACUGGGCCCGCGCUUCCGCCAUGGCACACGCACAAACAUUGCAACACAUGGCCAAACUCGAGGCCCGCGUAAGUAGCGAGCAAGACACCGUUGCCAAGCUGACCGCGCAACUCGAUGACUUUAUCAAAACCAAGAAUGAGGCGGAAUCUGUCAUGCUGCAGCAGUUUAUGGAGCUGCUGAAUGACAAAAAGAGGAAGAUCCGAGACCAAAACCGCCUAUUGGCUGGUGCAAAGGUUGCCCAGACGACAGCAACCGCUGUUCAAGCGACGAGAGGAGAAACCAGAGGGCGCAAGGCAGGCGCAUCACGAACAAGUAAGCGCAAAGCCUCGUCGCAAUCAGCGCAGCCAGCUUCUGAACUAGUAGAGCCCGAGUCGGACAGCGAUCAGAUGGAGAUAGACCAAGCAAAAGACGAGGAACGUGACGAAGAAGAAAAAGAAGAAAAAGAAGAAGAAGUAGAAGUAGAAGAUGCUGUAACACCAGAGCAGUCUGAUGAUGAAACAGACGAAGAAACUGGUUCCGCCCCACGUCAAAGAGCGAGAUCAUCCGAAACAGUCGGGGGUGGUUCUGAGGUUGCACAUGGUGGUGGCACAGCGGAAGGCGCAGAGACUACGGGCGUUCCCCCGCCCCGAGUCCUGCCAUUCAGCAAAAGGGCAGUAGCAACGCGAAGCAAGGAUGCAACGGCAAAGUCCUCGCGCGCAACAGCCCACGCCGAGGAUGAUGAGACAGACGAUGAGGAAUUGUGA